AUGGCAUCCCAAGGCGGCGCCGAGACCGGCAAGGAGCCGUUGCCUCCCGUCGACAUCAAGCCGUUGCUCACGAAGCUCUGGCCGAUGAAUGCCGACGUCGCGCCCGAGGACAUCUCCGACGCCAUCUCCCACUUCUUCACGAACCAGGUCACCGAGGCCCAGACGGCGUCGCUGCUGAUGGCGCUGCACUUCACGGGGUUGGACUUUCGAGCCGACGUGCUCGCCAAGUGCGCCCAUGCCAUGCUCGAGGCUGCGGUCCCGAUCCCCGUCGAGGAGCUCGCCGCCUGCGACAUCGUCGGGACCGGCGGUGACUCGCACAACACGUUCAACAUCAGCACGACGGCCUCCAUCAUCGCCUCGGCCCUCCUCCUCGUCUCGAAGCACGGCAACAAGGCGAGCACGUCCAAGUCGGGCAGCGCCGACAUGGUCAACUGCAUGCGGCCCCGGGCGCCCGUCAUCGCCGCGGUGAAGCCCGACACGCUCGUCCGCGUGUACUCGGCCACCAACUACAGCUUCCUCUUCGCGCCCGUCUUCCACACGGGCAUGCGCUACGUCGCGCCCAUCCGCCGGCAGCUGCCGUGGAGGACUAUCUUCAACAACCUCGGGCCGCUCGCGAACCCGGUGGAGGACGUGCUCGAGGCGCGCGUCAUCGGCGUCGGCCGACGCGACCUGGGGCCGGCCUUUGCCGAAGCGCUGCGAUCGUCGGGAUGCCGCAAGGCCAUGAUCGUCUGCGGCGAGGAGGAGCUGGACGAGAUCAGCUGCGCCGGCCCGACCUUGUGCUGGAUGCUCAAGGAAACGGCUCCCGGCGGCACGGUGGAGGUGGAGGCCUUCCGCAUCUCGCCAAGCGACUUUGGCGUCAAGCCUCACCCGCUGAGCGAGGUGUCGGGCGGCAAGGAGCCGGAGGAGAACGCGGGGAUACUGAAGCGCAUCCUGUGCGGCGAGCUGCCGGAGGAGGAUCCCCUGAUGGACUUUGUCCUCAUCAACACGGCCGCGCUCUUCGUCGUCUCGGGCAUCUGCGAGGCCGACACGAGCGACAUGGGACACGGCGACGAUGGCAAGGUCGAGACGGAACGCGGCCCGGCCGGUCAGCGCUGGAAGGAGGGGAUUCGGCGGGCCAGAUGGGCCAUCAAGAGCGGCCAGGCCUGGGAGCAGUGGAACGCGUUUGUCGACGUCACCAACGAGAUCGGUGCUUGA